AAGUACCAAGAAUAUAGAAGAAACAUCAAAGUCAUCAAAAGAAUCUUUAAAAAAUAUCGAAAGUAUUAAGAAUUUAGAAAAAACUUUAAGAAAGAAUCUAAAAUUUGCCAAAAAAACAUCAAAAAUAUCAAGAAAUAUUAAAAAGUCUUUAGAAGAACCUCCAAAAAAUGCUGGAAGUACCAAUAAUCUAGAAAAAUGUUCAAAAAUUUGCCAAAAAAUACCAGAA